AGUCUGAUUAAACAGCGUGAUUACUGCACAGGUGUGCGUUGGGUUGGUCACAAUAAAAGGCUGCUUUUAAAAUGUACAGUUUUAUCACACAGCAACAACGUCACAGAUGUGUCAGGCGUUGAGGGAGCGUGUUGUUGGCGUGCUGACUGCAGGAAUUUCCACCGGAGCUGUUGCCAAUGAAUUGAAUGUUUAUCUCACUCCCGUAAGUCGUCUCCUGUGUAAUUUCCGAGAAUUUGGCAGUACACGUAACCGGCCUCACAACCCGCAGACGACGUGUAACCACACCAGUCCAGGACCUCCACAUCCGACUCCUUCACCUGCAAGAUCAUCUGAGACCAGCUGACGCAACAGUCGGUUUGCAUAACCAAAGCUCAUCAUCCUCACCGGGGUCUUGACCUUACUGCGGUUCGUCAUUGUGACCGACUUCAGUGGGAAAUUGCUCACCUUCGAUGGCGUCUGGCUCUUCGGAGAAGUGUUCUCGUAACGGAUGAAUCCCGGUUUUCUCUGCACCUUGUCUGCAGAUGGCUGACGGCGUGUGCGUGGUUACGGUACAGGCAGACAUAAGCUACAGACAACAAACACAGGUGCAUUUUAUUGACGGUCAUUUGAAUGAGAGAGAGAUACCGUGACGGCAUUCUGAGGCCCGUUGUUGUGCCGUUCACCCGCCGCCAUCACGUCAUGUUGCAGCAUGAUAACACACAGCCCCAUGUUGCAAGGAUCUGCACACAACGGCCUGCAUACUCACCAGACUGAGCAUGUCUGGGAUGGUCUGGAUCAGCGUGUACGCCAGCGUGCCCCCAGAAUACACUAGUCAUGUGAAAUCCAUAGUUCAGUGCCUAAUAAAUGUCUUUUUUUCAAGAUAAAACUGCACGUUUUAGAGCUGCCUUGUUAUUGUGACCAACCCAACACACAGUAAUGUGUGCAGUAAUCAUGCUGUUUGAUCAGUAUCUUGAUCUGCCACACCUGUUGGCAAAAGGAGAAGUGCUCACCAACACGGAUUUAAAUACAUUUGUGAACAAAAUUUGAGGGAAAUAAACCUUUUUCGUGUGCAUAGAAGAAGUCUUACAACUUUCAUUUCAACUCAUGAAAACAUGAGAGCAAAAACAAAAGUGUUGUGUUUUUAUAUUCAUGUUGAGUGUAAAUACCUGACAAACCAUCAGAUAGAUGCAAAAAUCAUAUAAAGAUCCAAUAUUGUCAUUAAUCAGUCCUGCUCAUCGAUUUAAAGGGAUGAUUAUUACAGUAUUAAUAGUUUGGCAUCUAGACAUCUAAAGCUGGAAAUGACAGUUACAUUUUGACUUCCCACUAUCAUGCAAAUCAACGUAAUGAACCAAUUAAACGACUUUCAUCUGAUUUUUUUUUUCCCGCUACUGAAACAGAUAUUAUGAUUAAACAUGUUUUCUAUUUAUUGUGAUAAUACUUUCAGUCCGCUGAUCACUCGGCAGCUUCAGGCUCUGAUCCGACUGCAUGUCAGGAUUCACGUCGUCUGUUUUUUCCUCGUUGCAGGAGAAAGGAAUCCCUUUGAUGGGAGAAUCCUCUUUCCUGGCCUCCUGGGUCAAUCGCCGUGCCAUGAUGAUGGAUGAGCAGGAGGCGCUGAACUCGAUCAUGCAGGACCUGGCCGAACUGCACCGCUCCAGCCGUCCUGCCAUGUUCCUGUCGGACCUAGGCAAACCCAAAGCCUCCUCGCCCAAGAACCAGAACGAUGUCAGAGUCAAGUUCGAGUUCAAAGGGGAAAAGAGGAUCUUGCAGUUCCCUCGACCCGUCAAGCUGGACGACCUGAGGUCGAAAGCUAAAGUGGCUUUCGGUCAGACGAUGGAUCUUCACUACACCAACAACGAGUUGGUGAUUCCACUGACCACUCAGGACGACCUGGACAAGGCCGUAGAGCUGCUGGAUCGCAGCGUUCACAUGAAGAGCCUGAAGAUCCUCCUGGUGCUCCAGAUCUCCUCUCAGAACUCUUCCUCCAACAUGGACCUCCUGCCGUCCCACGAGGAGCUGGACAACACGGGAUUCAGGGUGGCGGACAAGAAGAGCAUGCUGGCUUUGAUAGGCUCCCAUUCGACGGACCGCAGCUCUCCUCCACCAGGAUACAUCCCUGACGCGCUCCAGCAGGUGGCGAGGAACGGCUCCUUCACCAGCAUCAACAGCGAGGGAGAGUUCAUCCCUGAGAGCAUGGACCAGAUGUUGGACCCGUUGUCCAUGAGCAGUCCAGAGAACUCAGCGUCUGGAAGUUGCCCCUCGUUAGACAGCCCGCUGGACAGUGACUACCCAAAAUCAAGGAUGCCUCGAGCACAGAGUUACCCAGACAACCACCAGGACUUUCCAGAGUACGACAUCCCAGUGUUUGAGAAGUCGGGGAAAGGGGGAACGUACCCUCGGCGAUACGGCAUUCCCUUCGGCCUUCAAGAUUACAGCGAUGGGAGGAAGACCUUCCCUCGGGCUCGGCGAACGCAGGUCCACGGCUUCCGCUCGCCGGUCAGCUUCAGUCCCACCGAACAGUCGCCCAGCACCAGCAGCGGCAGCAGCGUCUUCACCCCUGACCUGGAAGAAGGCCCCGCCAGGCGACCACGAAGGGGCAGCGACAUCGAGCCCAACCCCAACCCAACUACCGCUCCGACCCUCUCCGUCAUGGACAUCAGUCCGCCCAGCCGCUCUCCACGCGCUCCGACCAACUGGCGGCUGGGGAAGCUUCUGGGUCAGGGCGCCUUCGGCCGAGUUUUCCUCUGUUACGACGCAGAUACUGGACGGGAACUGGCGGUUAAACAGGUCCAGUUUGACCCGGAGAGUCCGGAGACCAGCAAGGAGGUGAGCGCGUUGGAAUGUGAAAUCCAGCUCCUGAAGAAUUUGUGCCACGAGCGGAUCGUUCAGUACUACGGCUGCCUGCGAGACACGAUGGAGCGAACGCUCUCCAUCUUCAUGGAGUACAUGCCCGGAGGUUCCAUUAAGGACCAGCUGAAGUCGUACGGAGCGCUGACGGAGAACGUGACGCGCCGCUACACCCGGCAGAUCCUGGAGGGAGUUUCCUACCUGCACAGCAACAUGAUCGUCCACAGGGACAUCAAAGGGGCAAACAUCCUUCGGGACUCGGUGGGGAACGUGAAGCUGGGAGACUUCGGGGCCAGUCGGCGGCUACAGACCAUCUGUCUGUCAGGAACAGGCAUCAAGUCGGUGACCGGCACCCCCUACUGGAUGAGCCCGGAAGUGAUCAGUGGAGAAGGCUACGGCAGGAAGGCUGACAUCUGGAGUGUCGGCUGCACCGUCGUCGAGAUGCUGACCCAGCGACCCCCGUGGGCGGAGUUCGAGGCCAUGGCGGCCAUCUUUAAGAUCGCCACUCAGCCCACUAACCCCGUGCUGCCCGCCCACGUGUCGGACCACUGCCGAGAUUUCCUCAAACGCAUCUUCGUAGAGACCAAGCAGCGGCCGUCUGCAGAUGAGCUACUGAGGCACAUCUUUGUACAUUAACCUCCCCCCCCUCCCUCCCCUCUGAACGUUUAAUUCCCCCCCCGCCCGCCUGCCGAACUGCCAGAUACGGCCUUACCUGACGGGGGGCGUCCCUGCCUCUGACCCCGCCCCCCCCACCCCCCUCCACCUCCAUGCUGAAACCUUAUUGGACCAGGAGGAACCGGCUGGAAGAAGGUGGGGCGUGUCGGCGGCCUCCUGUCUCUGUUUGUAUGAGACUGCCAUAGAGGACAUGAAUUCUUAUUUUAUUUUUUUCUCCGCAAGUUGCACCUUAAUUUCUCAAACAAGGAGGCGUCGAGCACUUCCUCCUCAAACGAUGACAAAAAAAACAAACAAACAACAAAAAAACAAACGACUCUUUGAAAACGUCUCCUUUUUUUAUGUUUGUACGGUUUCUCUCCUGUUUCGGAGUGGGAUAGUGUCGGUGUUGUGGACCUACGGAAGGUGAUGCCUGACUCUGGAGUGGCCCCCCCCCCCUGCCUUCCC